AUGGUUGAAAGGCAAAGACAACAAAUCGAAUAUGAAAUCACUAAAAUGGUCGAUGAAAUGGACAAGGAGUAUCUCGGAAGAUACAGGUUAGUUGAGGCAGAUAUGCACAGAUGUGCAGCUAAAUGCUGUGAAGACAAAGAUUCAAGCCUCUCGUCAGUCCAGAGUUGUGUCGAAAGGUGCAGGCGGGCCUUUGAUAAGGGUGAAUUAGAGGGCUUCCAAGGACGUCUCCAAAGAUGUGUCAUGCAGUGCAACGACGACAUUAAAGACAUGAUGGGACCAACGCCAAGCGAUAAAGACGUUGAUAAGUUCACCCACAAAUUCGAAUCGUGUGCCAUAAAAUGUGUGGACAAGCACAUAGAACUACUACCUCAAAUGAUGAAAGCCAUGAAGCACGUACUUAGCAAAGAACAAAUCAAUUGAUAAGAAGAAUUCUAUUAUAAAUCAUUAAU